CAUGCAAACAUUAAAAAGACUCAGAGUCGUCGACGAAGACACAUGACAGCAUACUUGUAAAGAUACAGAAAUCCAAUAAUUAUGUAUUGUUGGUCGCCUACGUCUGCUCUUCACCAUCAAACAGCGUUCAUUUCUCCAUCGCCUGCAAGCAGACCAUUUCAAUACGAUCUUCUUGCUAUGCCACAGCGUCAAGCAUGCUACUUUCAAAACCAAGCAAUGUUCCCGGCAAGAAGAACGCGUUCUCAUUCCACGCCUAUCGAGUAUUCAAGUUCAGCUUGCGCAAAAGCUCCACUCAGCUUAAGCAUUGGAGGAAUCGCUUCACCCUCGAGGCUCGAAGAAUCUUUUGUGUAUCAAGAUCCCAGUCCCGAGGUUUUGAAUGCGCUGCCAGUGUAUUUUCGAGUAAAGCCUACUCUGCGCACUCCAAGUGGCAAACGCUGUCGGAAAUCUCGCACUGUAUUCACGGAAAUGCAGCUUAAAGUUCUGGAGAAAACAUUUGCUGAACAACGCUACCUAGACACGACCAGUCGCGCAACACUUGCACAAAGUCUCGCGCUCAAUGAGACACAGAUCAAGACAUGGUUUCAAAACCGUAGAAUGAAACAUAAAAAGGAGAGUAAAAUUGGUAACGAGGACAAUGAUAAUAACGAGCUCGAGGCGAACAGACACGAGGAAGAAAAAUGACGUAUCUACCGGAAAAUGAACACCUAAAAGGUUCGUUUGAACAAAGGUUCAUUUGAACAAAAUGAACAGAAACCACACAAAAAGAAUCAUCUGCACGAAAUGCUAAUUCUUUCGUUGGUCAGAUUUUGCAAUGAAUAAUCUUCAUUGGUUAACUUAUCUUAUGUAAUAUAUGUUGUACAAAUGUAGGGUCAUCUAAAAACUAUAAAUACUAUAUAGACUCAAAUGUGUGUUUAGUUUUUAACAUAUAUUUAUGAAAAAAAAAACCUAUAAUGUCGAGAAAUUGAUGUGAUUUUGAAAUUUAAAAAAACAGGUUUUUCAAAAUCAAUCAUGAUAUUGUUCAAGAUAAUAGAAAAUUGCCAGGCCGUAAAAGCAACUUCUAGUUCGUUAAAGGCAAUAAAAGUGCAAAGAAAGCAAAUGUUUGUUAGCGUAUAUCUAUGUAUAUAGAAGUAUGUAUAUCUAUGUACAUCGAGGUAUGUUUUAUCUUUACAUUUUAUACACAUUACUAUAAAUACAUUUCAUCUCAUAAAGGCUCCA